UUCAGCAGCGUCCGGUCAGACCCGGCCCAGACAGCCGAGCUAGUUGAGUAGACGCCGCGGAGGGGCCGGGACCCUUCCGGAGGCGCGCGGCGCGAGCCAGUGACAGACGAUGGCGGGCGAGGAAGACCGCGGAGACGGGGACCCGGUAUCAGUGGUGACCGUGCGGGUGCAGUACUUGGAGGACACCGACCCCUUCGCAUGUGCCAACUUCCCGGAGCCGCGCCGGGCCCCCACCUGCAGCCUAGACGGGGCACUGCCCCUGGGUGCGCAGAUACCCGCGCUGCACCGCCUGCUGGCGGCGCCGCUGAAGCUGGAGGACUGUGCCCUGCAAGUGUCUCCCUCUGGAUACUACCUGGACCCUGAGCUGUCUCUGGAAGAGCAGCGGGAGAUGCUGGAGGGCUUCUAUGAAGAGAUCAGCAAAGGGCGGAAGCCUACACUCAUCCUGCGUACUCAACUCUCUGUGAGGGUCAAUGCCAUCUUGGAAAAGUUGUAUGGCUCCAGUGGCCCUGAGCUGCGCCGCUCUCUCUUCUCACUAAAGCAGAUCUUCCAGGAGGACAAGGACCUGGUGCCCGAAUUUGUGCACUCAGAGGGGCUGAGUUGCCUGAUCCGUGUGGGUGCUGCUGCUGACCACAACUACCAGAGUUACAUCCUCCGAGCACUAGGCCAGCUGAUGCUGUUUGUGGAUGGGAUGCUGGGGGUGGUGGCCCACAGUGAGACUCUGCAGUGGCUGUACACACUGUGCGCAAGUGUGUCCCGCCUGGUGGUGAAAACGGCCCUGAAGCUGCUGCUGGUGUUUGUGGAAUACUCCGAGCACAACGCACCGCUGUUUAUCCGCGCAGUCAACUUGGUGGCCAGCUCCACAGGCUCUCUUCCUUGGGCCAAUCUGGUGUCCAUCCUAGAGGAGAAGAAUGGCGCUGACUCUGAGUUGUUGGUGUACACAGUCACCCUCAUCAACAAGACACUGGCAGCACUUCCGGACCAGGACUCCUUCUAUGAUGUGACAGAUGCGCUGGAGCAGCAGGGCAUGGAGGCUCUGGUCCAGCGCCACUUGGGCACCUCGGGCACUGAUUUCGAUCUGCGCACACAGCUUGUGCUCUAUGAGAAUGCCCUGCGGUUGGAGGAUGGAGACAUUGAGGAAGCCGCUGCAGGUGGGCGGCGGGAACGCAGAAAGCCCUCUUCGGAGGAGGGCAAGAGGAGCCGCCGGUCUCUAGAAGGCGGGGGCUGCCCUCUUCGCUCCUCCGAGCCUGGCCCUGCAGGCCCUGCCUCUAGCCGCACAGGCCCCGCCUCCAGCCCUGCAGGCCCUGCCUCUAGCCGCACAGGCCCCGCCUCGCCGACAGGCCCCGCCUCAAGCCCCGCGGACCCCGCCUCAACGGUAAUCUCCACCUACUCCGCUGGCCCGGCCCUGUCGACCGGCCUGGCUCCCAGCCCCAUGAGCCCAGCUUCUGGCCUGUGUACCUCGGUGAACCUCUUUCCUGCCAUCUCCGUGGGGCCCUCAGCCGACAGCUCCAGCGAGAGGAGCAUCUACAAACUUCACCAAACUGCUCCUGUUUGGGCCCCAGAGAGCCCACCUGUCCCUCAGUCCCCUACUGAGCAGGCCAGGCUGGAAGCCCGGUUCCUGGAGAAUGUGGCAGCAGCAGAAACAGAGAAGCAGGCUGCACUGGCCCAGGGCCGGGCAGAGACAUUGGCUGGCGCCAUGCCUGAUGAGGCCGAUGGACACCCAGAUACCCAGGAACUAUGUGGCUCCCCAGAACCAGGCCCUGCACCCAGAACCCCUGAGAGCCCUGCCCCCCGAGGUCUGCUCCGGGCCCAACGGCGCCUUGAGCCAGAGCCCAAGGCGCCACUGGCCCCACCAAGCCCCAAGGCUGAGCCCAUUCAGGAGUUUCCUGUCCGUGUACCCAAGCUCUGCAUCGGAGACCUGGACUUCUCAGACCUGGGGGAGGACGAAGACGAGGACAUGCUGAAUGUGGAGGCUGUGGAGGCUGUGAAAGGGAUCCCACCCCCACCACCCCCACUGCCUGUGCUCUCUGGAGGUCCCCUGCCUCCUCCGCCCCCACCUCCCCCACCCAUCAAAGGCUCACUCCCACCACCUCCACCUCCAGCCGCCCCCCUUCCUCCCUCAGCACCUGAUGGUGUAGCCCUCCCCACCAAGAGGAAGACAGUAAAACUCUUCUGGCGGGAGCUAAAGCUGGUUGGGGGCCAUGGAGGCUCUGGGAGCCAUUUUGGGCCUUGCCCCACCCUAUGGGCCUCACUGGAACCUGUAGCGGUGGACACAGCCCGGCUGGAACACCUAUUUGAGUCCCGUGCCAAGGACGUGCUGCCUUCCAAGAAAGCCGGUGAGGGCCGCCGGACAAUGACCACAGUGCUGGACCCCAAGCGCAGCAACGCCAUCAACAUUGGCCUAACCACCCUGCCACCUGUGCAUGUCAUUAAGGCUGCCCUGCUCAACUUUGAUGAGUUUGCUGUCACCAAAGAUGGCAUUGAGAAACUGCUGACUAUGAUGCCCACGGAGGAGGAGCGGCAGAAGAUCGAGGAGGCCCAGCUGGCCAAUCCUGACGUACCCCUGGGCCCAGCUGAGAAUUUCCUGAUGACCCUUGCCUCCACUGGGGGCCUGGCCGCCCGCCUACAACUCUGGGCCUUCAAGCUGGACUAUGACAGCAUGGAGCGGGAAAUCGCAGAACCACUAUUUGACCUGAAAGUGGGCAUGGAACAGCUGGUGCAAAAUGCCACCUUCCGCUGCAUCCUGGCCACUCUCCUGGCUGUGGGCAACUUCCUCAACGGUUCCCAGAGCAGCGGCUUCGAGCUGAGCUACCUGGAGAAGGUGUCAGAGGUGAAGGACACGGUGCGCCGGCAGUCACUGCUGCACCAUCUCUGCUCCUUGGUGCUCCAGACCCGGCCUGAUUCCUCGGACCUCUACUCAGAAAUCCCUGCCCUGACGCGCUGUGCCAAGGUGGACUUUGAGCAGCUGACUGAGAACCUGGGGCAGUUGGAGCGUCGGAGCCGGGCAGCUGAGGAGAGCCUACGGAGCUUGGCCAAGCAUGAGCUGGCCCCAGCCCUGCGUGCCCGCCUCACCCACUUCUUGGCCCAGUGUGGCCGCCGUGUAGCCAUGCUGCGGGUGGUGCACCGCCGUGUCUGCAACAGGUUCCACGCCUUCCUGUUGUACCUGGGGUACACGGCCCCGGCGGCCCGCGAGGUGCGCAUCAUGCAGUUCUGCCACACGCUGCGCGAGUUUGCACUGGAGUACCGCACUUGCCGGGAACGGGUGCUGCAGCAGCAGCAGAAGCGUGCCACGUACCGUGAGCGCAACAAGACCCGGGGCCGCAUGAUCACGGAGACGGAGAAGUUCUCAGGUGUGGCUGGGGAAGCCCCCAGCAACCGAUCUGUCCCAGUGGCUGUGGGCAGUGGGCCAGGGCGGGGUGAUGCCGACAGUCACGCCUGCAUGAAGAGUCUGCUGACCAGCAAGCCAGAGGACAUGACACAUGGCCGCCGCAGCAGAGGCAUGGCCCAGAGUGGCUCCCCAGUCAUGCCGACAGCAAUGGGGUCCUCCACUGCACCCCCAGAAGAACCCCCAGGCUCCAAUUUACCCAGUGACACUUCAGAUGAGAUCAUGGACCUGCUGGUGCAAUCAGUGACGAAGAGCAGUCCUCGUGCCUUAGCUGCUCGGGAACGCAAGCGUUCCCGGGGCAACCGCAAGUCUUUGAGACGGACACUGAAGAGCGGGCUCGGAGAGGACCUGGUGCAGGCACUGGGACUGAGCAAGGGGACUGGCCUGGAGGUAUGAAGGCGCCGCCUCCAGGACACCUACCUGUCGGGGCCCCAGUCUGCAGUACAAGAGACCAGAGAGUGAGGAGGGAUCAGCAGAAUUUGGGCCUCUUCUCAACCCCAGGGCCACUCUGCCCAGUGGACAGUGCCUUGAGCAGUAUUAGCUGUGAGUGCCUGUGUGUGUGCGUGCGUGCGUGUGUGCGUGUGUGUACACGUACUUGUAUGAGCUCCCUGAAUACGUGGAGUAUAAUAAAGUUUUCCUAGCCAACCCAA